AGCUGUAGUUUCCAUGAAGAUUUGAAUCUUUAAACUCACAACUUUAGCAGCAACCUACCGCUGCUUCAUUAUGGACAAUAUGUCUGCUUUUUAUCCGCUGUGAAUGAAAGUGUCGCUACAACGGAACUGCCGACAUGAAGUGUUUGAAAGUGGACGAAUACAUCAAGCGGACUGCCUCUGUGAAAGAGACGAAGCUUCUACUUGAAGAACUACAGGAUUAUGUGAAGAGUCUGCCAGGCCUUCAGGGUCGCACACUGUGUGACAGGAUCAUCAGAGCCUGUAACCAUCAACUUGGAGCUGGAUCCCCAAAUUUUGACCAUGUCAGUCAGUUGGUACAGCUGGUGGAGCUUUCCCUUCAGGGCUAUGAUAUUUCCGCAGCACUUGUUGCUCAGAGCAGUCCUCUCUACAUGGAAAAGAUCAUUUUCCAUAUUGCCAAGAAGCUGAGCUCCCUCGAAGCUCACAGUCUGUGUAGUCAUGUAGCUGGGUUGCUUUACAGCAGGCUCACCCCAGCCCAACAGGGUGAGGACUACUAUGUUCUUGUGCGGAGCUGCUUCUCAGUGCUCUGGAACGGACUAUCUGCUACCAAAGACAGGAAAAUCCUGAACCCCUGCGAUAGACUCCACUGCCAGAUGCAAGCUCUGAGUUUCCUCCUGUUGAUGGACACAGAAAAUGCAACCACCUCAUUCUCCAAAGCUCCUAUAUAUGCAGAGGAUGCCAUCACUGAAUUUGAGAGUAGCUGUGAAGCGGUAAACAAGGAUGAUGCUUCUUUUCUUCUCCAGGAAAUGCACACACUUUUCAGCAGAUGCUGGACAGGUGGUCAAGGCUGUGAGGGGGACGGGUCCAAGCAGUCAACUGAGAAGUCAAGUUUAUACACGCUUUCUGAAAUAGCGCUUGUUGCAGUGAAGGUGCUCUGUAGGGCCGGCCACUAUGAUCUGGCCUCCACCUUCUUGAAUGAAAUUGAGAGCAAGUUCAGAGACUGUGCUGACUGUCAGUGUACUGCUGUGGUGCUCGGCAAAUGGGCAGUCAAGGUUCAUUCUGCGAUGAAGGCUGGCGGGGAGACUGGCCAGGCUUUGACAGAGUGUGCCAGGGCCUUGAGGUCUCUUUCAGCUGACCUGGGGGACAGAGAAGCUCAUGCAGUCCUACAAGGUUGUGGACUGGUGGUGUGGGCUCUCGAAAGUGGCCACAACAAGGGAUUAAGCGGACCAGUGCUCCUGGCUUGGUUUUCUUUCCUUGAGGAGCACCAGGAACGGAUAUUAAAGAUGCAAAAGAAGAAUUCGACAUGCCAGGCUGAGGGCAGCAAACUGCAACAGGCCCUCUGCUUCAGCAUUUACCAAGGCUUCGCUUUUGCUUAUGAGAGCAUGCUCGCAUCACAGCUGGAGAACAGUGACACACUGGACAGAGUGCUGCUGUACUGCCAAGCCACGGCUGGACUGAUGAUGACUGAACUGCGUAAAUUGUCAAGUGAAAGCCUUCUCGUCAAAGCUGUGAUUGCUGUGAGCAACUUAGCGUGUGGAUUUUACAAUCGGCGUCUCUAUGACCAGGCCUUCACACUGGUUGAGAUCCUCUGCAGGGAUCUGUGCAAGAAUUGCCCCGCCUCGCUGUCAGUUGAUAGGUUGAGCCGACCCUUCAUGCUGGCCGUGCAGACGUCUCGGCGGGCUGGACAACUGGAGCGAGCGCUGGACUGGGUGAUCCUGUGGCUGAAGGCUCUGGACGACAGCAUCACCACUCAUAUGGCUGAACCAGUCUCUCUGUGGGUGAAAACAAAGACUGACGCUGCCCGUAACUCAGAAGAAGACAUCCGUCUCAGGACAUUGCGUGAUGGUUUCGGUCCUGACGUCCCAGAUGAGCAAGUAAUGCUUUGCCUUUUGGAGGAAGAGCUGCGUGCCUAUAAGGAGGUGGCAGGAGACACGGCCCAGGAGCGUUACAACACACUCUGUGAUCUGCUGGACAUCUGCCAUGAGGAGAGCUCCCACACGCAUCUACGUGCUGUCUACCUCUGUGAAAUGGCCCAAGUCGUGUGUUACCAGGAUUUCAGUGAACAGACAGACUGUGCUGCAGUUGAUUUUACCCAUGAAGCUUUGCGGCUACUUGAGGAAGAACCAGAGACUCCAGAGAACGCUGACAGGCUGAAGGAUGACAAGGCCCAUGUUUUACUUUGGCUCUACAUCUGCACUCUUGAGAAGAAUCUUCAAGAGGCCAUUGAAAGAGACAACAAACGGCGAGAGUUGCGUGAGCAAACCCGCUGUGCAGUCAAUCCCAUAGGAACCAAUGACUUUGAUUACGAAGACAAACAGAAGACACAAGACAGCAUCCAGGUCUAUGAAGGCCUGCAUUUCAGUCUGGCUGCAGAGAACAAGUUGUGCAAGCCUUUGGAAAGAGCACUGGAUGAGUGGUCUGCUCUUCUGCAGAGUCGAGGCCUGCCAUCUGUCCGAAACCCCAAACAGACCUGCAGCUCCAUCACUGUGGCUGCAGCUCUCUUCAAACUCAUGGGAAAGCCUCUAAAGGCUUUGGAAGCUUACCAACUUGCGACUGGACUCUCACGUCAUCUUGCUGAUGCCCACGGAUGUGCCAGCUCCCUCUGUCAAUCAGCCAGCCUCCUCCUGGAUCUGGGCACCCCUGACCUGGCUUUGGCCCAGUUGGAGCAGGCAGAGAAGUUUCUUACCUCUGUAACCUCCGCUGCUGAUGGACCAUCUUCUCUGUCUAUGCUGACUAUUCUGUUGAAAGCUCAGUACUGCUACAGCACAGGACAGAUGGAUCGUGGAGUGCCUUAUCUGUGUGAGGUGGUCAAAGAAGUGACCGAGCAGCGGCAGUCAAAGAGCUGGUACCUGCUGCGUGCUCGGAUGCUCCAAACCUGCAGCUCCUAUCUGAGUUUGGACACAGCUGCGCUGCCACAAACCCAGCGGAGCCAGAUCACACAGCAUGGUAUAAAUAGCCCGGACGCUGCCUUGUAUGAAAGUCUGAAGCUUCUCUGCAGCCUGCUGGUCACUUUAGUGGGGAAGGGCCUUUAUGGAUCUAACGGCAGCAGCUCAGACAUGCGCUUCAUAGACCAAGGAGAUAACUUGGUGCUGAAGUGGCAGCUGCUCUCAGAGCUGUUAAACUGCUCUGUGAAGAUGGUGGCUGUGAGGAGCAGCUGUGGUGCCAUCAAUGAUGCCAGGCUCCAGUGUCUCGAAGCUCUCAAACUGGGCAUUAAGCUGCAAGCACUCAGCCAAUGUGCUGAGCUGCUGGUGAUGAAAGCUGAGUUGGAGCUGAUGCAGGGGGAGAGAGAGGAAUGUGGAAUUGAUUUGGAUAAAGUCAGAAACCUCCUGGACCUCUGUACAGAUUUUUCUGAUCAGGUGCAGAAGGCAGAAGUGAAAAUCAAACCCAGGAAAGGUCGCCCAGCGAAAAAACCUCAGUCACCUCUUCCUGCCUUGGAGGAUGACCUUACGGGCAUCCUGAGCACUCGUUGGAUUGGCAAAGAACCUGUAGUGAAGGAUCUGGCCAGCUCACCACCUCUCAAGGCCCAGCCUCGCCGCUGGCUCUCCUCGCUGGCGCAUGAAUCAGAUUGCCACUGCCCCUGCUGCUCUGAGCCCUGUCUGGGCCGCGCCACUGCUCGCUGGGCAGCAACACAGGCUGAUCUGGUUUUCCAGCUGGAUCCCGAUGAAGCCAAAGUCAGUUUCAAACUUCAAGCAGCAACAUUAGCUCGCUGUAAGAGUGUUGUUGCCAAACUUGGGGCAAAAUUGGCUAAACUCUUCCCUCCCUGUGGCCCUGCCAAAAGCUCCAUUAAACCCUCUCUGAUGCAGGACGUGGUGGGCCGUGUGUACCUUCGCAUGGCCCUGUCUGGGCUGGAACCAAGGCUUAACAAGGUCUGCAGUAUAUGGAAAGUACUGGAAGCUGGCUUGACAUUUGUUGAUUCCACCCCCUCUCCUGUGUUAGGACCUGUGAGAGCAGGCCUCAUGGCAACCAAAGCUAUCAUGUCAUUGGUUACCUUGGCUGCAAAAAAAGGCUGCACCCCAGAGGAGCUCUUCUCAAAUGCUUGGACUUGGAAUGCACCAAAAGAGCUGAAAUCAGAACAGAAAGCAGUUCCUCCAUCAUCCUCACUGAAGAAGCCUAAAGAGUCCAUUAAAAACCCAGAUAUUCCUGACAAAACAAAGGAGGCAAAGAAGGUCAAGGUUGUCAAGCCCAGGAUUCAAGUAACAAGCUCCUCAGUCAAAGGAAAGGGCCUGGUUCCCAUGACACCGGUAAUGGUGAAAUCAAAGCCAUGUGUUGGGGACCUUGGCUCUUUUGACUUCAACACAGUGGUGCCCACUUUGGCCUGUACUCCUGUUCAAAAGGUUAGAGCCCCUGCAUCCGUGCAGAGAGCACCAAGGACUGCCCCGAAGCUACAGUUUCAUGUGUAUGAGGAGUUGUCGCCAGUUCAAGACAAAGCCCAACUUGUGCCUGCUGCCCCCAGACGCACAAAGAAAUCACGUUUCAAGGUGGAGUUUAGUGAUGAGAGUGACACAGAAGCCAACAGCCAUGCAGAGCCCAAAGAAAAGACAGAUGUUCGUAAAAAGCAAACCACCACAAGAAGAGUUGCCCAAAACCGUAAAACAGCCUCAGAACCACCUGCAGAGAAGGUCCCACCCAAGAGGCAGGUCAGGGGGAGGAAGACCACUGCAGCGCCACGUGCAACUUCCUCUGGGGAUGACGAGACUUUGGUCUGUCAGCCGGCCUCAACAAGGAGAAGAAGAACCAGGAGGGAGGUGUCCAGGGCGGAGGCAGAUUCAAUGGAGGAGCCAGACAAGAUGAGGACCAUUGAGGAGGAAACUACUGAAGUUCUGGACAUAAGCAUUGAGCAGCUCAGGACAUCAGACACUGAGAGUGAAGACAAUCCUGCUUCAAGAAAAGAUAUUGACAUAGAUUUUGAGGUGUUGCGGAGGGAUCUGUGUUGUGGUUUGGAGAGAGACGACUUGUCUGAGCUGAGGAGCAGAGGUCAUCUGAGAGAAGGUCCACAAACCCACCUCUCUCAUUCAGACACCAGGCCAGACAGUCUCUCUCUGGAGGAUGUUGAGUCAUUGCUCGGCUCAGCCUGGUUGGCCCUCCAGCACUUCCCCUCCCCCACCAUCUACCCAAUCCUCUGUGGUCUUCUGGCCCUGACCCGGGGGCAGCAGGACCCCAUGACUACAGCGAUGCUGCAUGCCCAGUCAUUGGGCAUCACAAGUCGCCAUCGCACAAUCAGGCAUUUAGCAAGCUGUUUAAAAAAGCUGAGAAAGGCGACAAGUGAGCUAGCAGACAAGAUGGAUGCACUGAGUCUCAAUGAGCUCAGUCCAAACGAGUCCAAGAACUCUACCGAACAGAGGCUGUUACAGCUGGAGAACAUCUUCUCCUUUCCUACUGCUGACUCCUCUACCUUCCCCAAGAGCCACUGUCAAGAGUUCAUCCAACAAAUUCAACACCUUCCCUCAGGGGUGACAGUGUGUGUGAUGUCUGUGCUUGGAGUAAAACCUGGGGAGAUAGGUGACAGCAUCAUACUGUCACGACUUGAGAAGGGAUCAGCCCCUGUCACUGUUCACAUCCCUACCGCUAAACAACAGCACCCCAUCAGCUGGCUGGUGCAGGAGAUAGAUAGCAUUCAGGUGGAGCAGAAGGCUGUGAGCUGUGUGUCUGAGAAAGCUAAGUGGUGGGAGGGCCGCAGGGCGCUCGACUCUCGAGUUGAGAGACUAUUGAAAGAGAUGGAGGGAUUGCUGGGAUGCUGGAGGAGCUUGGUUCUGCCCCUCUCAUUGGACCCUGGGCUCUCUAAACAGGCCCAGAACCUUUGCAAGUCCUUGUCUGCAAAGGGAGUGACAGUCAGUGAGGAAAUGUUGAAGGCUGUACUGUCUGCCUCUCCUGUGCUUUCCCAAGACGACCUUAAGAGAUUUGCUCUGGGAGUUUUUCCACAGUGGGACACAGAGUGUGACCAACUUCUCCAAACAGCUGUGUCUCGGCUCGCUGACAGAGACGAGCCCCACGGUCAUGUGGUUCUCAUUCUGGACAGGUACCUUCAGAAGCUGCCGUGGGAGAGCAUCUCCAUCCUAAAGUCUCACUCUGUCAGCCGGAUGCCGUCUCUGCACUCACUCAUUGGACUGAGCCUUCAGAAAGAGACUGACUCUCAGUCCAUCCUGAAGCAAGGUGUGGACACAAGGCAGGUGUUUUAUGUGCUGGACCCUGAUGCCAAUUUAGGAAACUCUCAAGACCGAUUUAAGGAGUGGUUCAGCAGUAAACUGGACUGGGACGGUGUGUGUGGAGUGGCUCCUGACUCGGGUCAGCUGGAAGAAGCUGUUGCUACCAAGGAUCUGUACAUUUACGUGGGUCAUGGUGCAGGUGCACGAUUCCUCGACAGCCAGGCAGUCCUGAAACGGCAGAUGAGAGUAGCCUCUCUGCUGUUUGGUUGCAGUAGCGCCGCUCUGGCAGUGCGCGGCGAUCAGGAGGGACAAGGCAUCAUCCUCAACUAUCUCAUUGCAGGCUGCCCCUUUGUUCUGGGAAACCUGUGGGAUGUUACAGAUCGGGAUAUUGAUCGCUUCACCAAAGCCUUGUUGGAGUCGUGGUUAACUGCUGGGUCUGGAGCUCCCCUCCUGGAUUAUAUGGGCCCGUCACGUCAGGCCACACACCUGAAAUACCUCAUAGGAGCCGCACCUGUGGUGUAUGGCUUACCAGUUCACCUGAAGUAGAUGGGCUGGUAAACCAAAACUCAUCUAGAACAGGAAGUAAAAAAUCUAUACAGUAUCUAAAUGUUUCAGCACUAAGCUGGAGGAUGAGUUGAACAUUUUUUAAAGUUUUUAAUUCUUGUUUUUGCAGGUUUUGAGGAUUACAGUAUUGCAUUUACUUAAUUUAAACCGCUUUCAUUUUUAAACCAAUGUAAUUAUAGUGUGAAUGAUUUUAUUAAGUGUUUCCAUGCACUUUUAAUGUGUUGAUUGAAUAACAGUAUUUGAAUAAAUGUGUUCUCACACACAA